AUGGCAGACACAACCACCACCGCACUCGUUCUCCACGGCGCCAAAGACCUCCGUCUGGAACAACGCACCAUUCCCGCCCCAUCCACCACAGAAGUCCAAGUCGCCGUGCGCGCAACAGGUCUCUGUGGCUCAGAUCUACACUACUACAGCCACGGCCGCAAUGGCGACUUCGUCGUCCAGGAACCCAUGUGUCUAGGCCACGAAUCCUCCGGCACAGUCACGGCAACCGGCAGCGGCGUGUCAACUCUAAAUGUCGGCGACCGCGUCGCACUAGAAGUUGGUAUUCCAUGUCGCACCUGCGCCCUGUGCAAACAAGGCCGCUACAAUAUCUGCAAGAUGAUGCGGUUCCGCAGCUCAGCAAAGACCUUCCCCCAUCUCGAUGGCACAUUGAUGGAUCGCACAAAUCACCCAGCUGAUAUGUGUCAUUUGCUGCCGGAUACCGUGUCAGACGCGGGCGGUGCUCUCGUUGAGCCGCUUGCUGUCACGCUGCAUGCUGUGCGCCGCUCGCACCCCCCGAGUCGGGAGGAGGUUGCGCUGAAUCGGGCUGCUGGGGAGGAAACUGCAGCGCUAGUUUUCGGCGCUGGGGCGAUUGGACUUCUGCUUGCUGGGGCGUUGGCUGCUAGUGAGCACUUCUCGUCGAUUGUGGUUGCCGAUAUCGAUGCGCGGCGUUUGCAGAUUGCCGAGUCGAUGGGGUUGGGCUUGAAGACUGCUCUUAUUCCGAAGAUCGAUGAAGGGAAUCCGCCUCCAGCGAAGGAUGCCCCGCAUGCAGAGCAGACGGCUUAUGCGCUUGCGAAUGCGCAGCGGGUUGCGGCUGUCUUGAUUGAGACUGCGGGGGCACAGGAUGGGCUUGUGGUUCCGGGUUUCAGUCGCGUUUAUGAUUGUACUGGUGUGCCGGCUUGUGUGCAGGCUGGAAUCUAUGCUAGUGCGCCUGGUGGUGUGCUUGUGCAGAUUGGAAUGGGAAAUCCUGUUCAGACGCUGCCUGUUGGUGCGGCGGCUCUGCGGGAGGUCGAUAUUAUUGGUGUGUUCCGGUAUGACGGGUAUGCCUACCCUGCUGCUAUCGCGCUGCUGGCUAGUGGGAAGAUGAAGAGUGUCGAGGAAAAGGUUGUGACGCACAGGCUCAAGUUGGAGGAGGGAGAGCGGGCGUUUACGCUUGCUGGAAAUGGCGUUGAUGAGGAGGGAAACCCCGUUGUGAAGGUUAUCAUUGAGAACGAACGGGGCUCCAGUGGAUCUCUGUAA